AUGCUCUGGACCUCCUGGCUGCUUUCUCUACUGCCUUCUUCUCUCCUCGAGCAAGCUCAUCAUGAGCCUCCGCCUUCACUUCGCUUCGAAUUGCGUCAUCUACACGCGGUCUCCGCCUCCGACGCAAACGUCGCUUUCGCUGAUGUCAACUACCCAUCUCUCAAUACCCACCCGAGGCUCAGAACCCGCACCAUAACAACCCACAAGCCGCGCUCUUUUGCGCUCCAUGAUGCUGCCCGACGGCACUCACUUCGCUUUGGCCAGAGCUUGUGGGAACUUCCGUGGGACGAAGAAAAGGCUGCAGCGCCUGAUGUAGAGGACCGAGAGACGCUUCUGGAGCUAGCAAAGAUGGCAAACAACGCGUAUGUCGACCCUGAAGAUGGGGCAUGGUACAAGCUGGGAGAGAACUGGACCGUGUCCUACCCGUUUGGCUGGGAACCCGAUGCAGACGGCUUCCGUGGCCACGUAUUUGCGACUCCAGACAACAGCACCAUCGUUCUCGCCCUCAAAGGCACUUCGUCUGGCUUUCUUGGCGGAGGCGGCCCCACUGCGAAGAAGGACAAGCUGAACGAUAAUUUGCUGUUCAGCUGCUGCUGUGCCAGAGUCGACUGGACCUGGACAACGGUCUGUGGGUGUUAUCGCGGUGGCUGGAAAUGCGAUGCAAAUUGUGUUGAAGAGAGCUUGGUUGAGGAGAGUUUGUUCUAUCCUAUCGGCACGAACCUCUACAACAACCUGACCUAUAUGUACCCCACUGCCAACAUCUGGGUGAUUGGCCACAGUCUUGGCGGCGCACUUGCCUCCCUGAUUGGAGCGACAUUUGGCCGUCCAGUCGUCGCGUUUGAAUCCCCGGGUGAGAAGAUGGCUGCUGGUCGGCUCCACUUACCCUCACCCCCCUCAACCCUGCACAUCACCCACGUUUACCAUACCGCGGACCCGAUAGCUAUGGGCACGUGUAACGGCGUUCUGUCGUCCUGUGCUCUAGCUGGGUAUGCGAUGGAAUCACGCUGUCACCUUGGCCAGUCGAUUAUCUACGACACUGUGGGGAAUCUAUCGUGGUCAGUCGACAUACGGACGCAUGGGAUUGUCAAUGUUAUUGAGAAGGUGUUGACGGAGCCGUGGCCGCCUGCAGUCGAGCAGGGUAGGGAUGUUCCUCUACCAAUCACGGAGGAUGACUGUGUGGCAAGUUUUUGCGUAUUCUUGGUUGUCUUCACGCUGAAUCGCCACAGGAGUGUUAUAGUUGGGAGUAUGGGGACUUUUCAAAGUAAAUACUGA